AUGCUUUGCGCUAUCCUUUGCAGACGUACCAAGUUUCGGAAUCAAUUGAAGGCCAUUCAGUGGCUGAUUCCGUGGGACUCACUUAAGCCUGCUCCGAAUGCUCGUCUUCUUCUACUUGCUGCUCAGUCCGCAGGAUUGACUGGUCCUUUUUGUCCAGCCUGCACGCAGCCUCAGUCUGGGCCAGAAGAUGGAGUCAAGAAGGAUUCAGUCGCCUACGCCUAUGCCUAUUCAGAUCACCUCUCUACGGAUGGCUCUCUGCUGGGGGGUGUUGGAGGUUUACUAUCCGGUUUCGAGGGCGGUGACGCUGGCCAGAGCACUGGAGGCUGUGGCUUUGGAGGAUUUGACUCAGACUCAGAUGAAGCCGGAAGCCUGGUUGGGCCGUACGUUUACUUUGCUAGUACACAUCAGUAUCAUCAUCAUCCCCAACAGAAGAGCAAAUCUCGACCACGCUGGGCUGGCGGAGGUCCUCUUGUGUCUGGACACCUGAUCGGCCAGCACAAAAGCCCUUUCGUCUACAGCCGCCCGUGUCAGACAAAAGGCUGUAGUCUAGAGGGCAGUGGAUGGGAAGAUGCACCUGCUACACCAUUGCCGAGGAUGAAGUAUCAAAGUUCUUGCCUUGUGCGAAAUGAAGAUCCAAGUAAGGCCUGUUUUAUUCCUGAUUUGCAUUUUUUUAAUCAUUCUAUUCCUCAAGCUUACAGGCUAAGUCAUGAUUUUGUAUGA